ACACCUCAAUUACCCCAGAUAUCCCCAAAACACCUUGAACACUACUUUCAACAUGGACAAUGACGUUGCCGCCGCCGCUUUCGCAGCACUGACUUCCACCUCUAUCUACGAAACCGGGAUGACAUUCACCAAAAAGGAACACAAGGAGACGUACCCAGCCAUCUUCCCUUCCCGCCCAGAGCUCUCCCAGGCCGGACGAACAGUCCUCAUCACCGGCGGCUCAGCAGGUAUCGGCUUCGCCAUCGCAAAGGGCUUCGCACAAGCCCACGCCAAGCGCAUCAUCAUCCUCGGCCGCCGCCAGAAUCUUGUCGAUGAGGCGGUCUCGGAGCUGAAGAAGGAGUUUCCCGAGGUGCAAUUCGAAGGAUACCCGAGCGAUGUGGAUGACCUCGCAGACGUGGAGAAGCUCUGGAAGGGCUUCGAGGAGGAUGGCACUGUUAUCGAUGUCCUUGUGCUCAAUGCCGCCAAGAUUUCGGAACAUGGACCGAUCUUGUCUCUUGGGAGAGACGAGGUCUGGAGCUCGUUUACCAUGAACGUCCGCUCGCUCUUGGAUCUCUCGGAGAGGUUCUACAAGCAAAAGAAUGGCGAAGGUCGACAGAAGUUCCUCGUCAAUGUGUCUACGGAGGCCAGUCACAACUAUACCAAAUCUGGCCCUUGGCCUGCUUACAGUGCCAGCAAGAACGCAGGGACGAUGCUGAUCCAGAUGAUUGCCAAGGAUACGCCUCCCGAGAAGAUGCAGGUUCUCAACUUCCACCCGGGCGUGGUGCAUACCUCGGCUUUCAAGAAUGCUGGGAUCCCUGAGGAUAUCUAUCCGUUUGAUCAUGUUGACCUAGCCGGAAACUUUGCCGUCUGGGCCGCAUCUGAGGAGGCGCGCUUCUUGCAUGGCCGCUUCGUUUGGGCCAAGUGGGAUAUUGAGGAGCUCAAGGGCGGCGAUAUUGGAGAAAAGAUCAAGAACAACGAUCACUAUCUCAAGGUCGGUGUCGUUGGACUUCAGCAGUGAGCUUGCCUUGCGAUACCACAGUCGAUAUCUUACCGCUGCACACUACGACGUCGUGGUUGGGCAACAAUGGUCGUUCGGAGAAGAGAAACCAUAC